AUGUCUGUUCCCUAUUCUUUAAAUAAACAUGGUAAACGUAAGAGCAAGAUCGUCCUAACUGGAGGACCAUGCGCCGGUAUGUUAACACUUAAAAAUUUAAAAUUUAUUUUAGGAAAGACUACCGCAAUGAAGGAAAUUGCGGACAAGAUCAAGACUCAUUACAAUGAUGAAUGGCAGGUAAAAAUAUUAUCUUAUAAUAAACUCUUUAGGUGUUCACUGUGAGCGAAGCAUCCAGUUUUUUGUAUACUGGUAGAGUAGAAAGGCAUACAUUGAAUGAUGAACAAAUAUAUCAGUGGCAAAAGGAUGUAUUAAAGACCAUUAAACAGUUAGAAAGUGUCUAUGAUAACAUCGCAGAUCACGAAGUAAGACGAACUUCAAUCUAUACAUCCUUCAGACUGAUCGACAUACGGUAAUUAUCUGCGACCGAGGAGGAAUGGACCCAAAGGCAUAUACCCCGGGGGAAAAUACGUGGAAAGAGAUUCUAAACGAACUGGAGACAGAAGAGGAAGCACUGCUGGAGAGAUACCAUAUGGUCAUACAGAUGCACACGGCACCAAAGUACAGGGUGUUUCCGGAGAUAUUCCGGAGAGUUUUUGGAAAUAUAGCUGUGCUCUUUGCAGUUAUCUAG